CAUACGCGAGAGCGCCUUUCAAGUACUUCAAGGGUAACGGAAAAACAAUUGGUUCUGGCUUUGAACAGACCCAUUUUAGCAGCGCGCUAGAAACAACCACGACCCGGAAACAAUGUAGCAGACUUGUUUGUGUGUUUAGUGAUAAAAGCCUGUUAUCAGACGAGAGAAUUAUCUCAUAUUUCGUUACGAUUUGAUGAGGCGUUUGUGUGAGUUGUUUGUGUAUCUUUUGCCCGUGCCAUCAUAGAAACAAACAAAGGAAACAGCUGCCAAAGCUAUGCAAAUCCCGAAAUAGCUAGCAAAAGAAGCAAAAAGCAUAUGGUUCGGUCCGUGGACAGUCUUCUGCAGCAUUUAACUCGUUGAACAGUUUGUAGAUUGAAGGAUUUAACAAAAAACCCGUCAUUGAGAUAGAUUUCGGAUAAGUGAGGACACCUUGUUCCGUUUGCAAGGCGAUGGCGGUCAGAAUCGAUGGAGCGCAGUUGCGGUCAUUGACUGUGUUGCUGCUGGUGGGAAUGGCGUUAAUGGUGCCUGAUGUCAGCGGAAUACCUAAUGGGACGAUCAGCAACGGGGGUGAAGCGAAGCUCAUCUUUGCUCAUGUACUUUUCCGCCAUGGUGAUCGUACCCCGAUCGAUCCGUAUCCUAACGAUCCUUGGAAGGAUCCCAGCCACUGGACUGCAGAUUGGGGACAGCUAGUGAAUGCAGGUAAAAUGCGCCAUUUAAUGCUAGGAAAAUGGCUACGCCAACGCUAUUCGAGUUUGUUGAAGGACACAUACAGCAACAAUGAAAUUUACGUUCGCUCUACCGACGUCGAUCGUACACUGAUGAGUGCUGAGGCAAAUCUCGCCGGAUUAUACCCACCGCAGGGGGCUGACGUAUGGGACUCGGCCAUAACUUGGCAACCGAUACCGGUGCAUACGGUUACGGAAGAACUGGAUAACGUGCUGGCAGCAAAAAAACGGUGUCCCGCUUUUGAUCACGCACUGAAGGUCUACCGUCAGUCGGAACCAUACCACUCGUACAAUGCUUCUUUGGAACAGCUGUAUCGUUAUGUCACGGAGAAGACGGGUCGACGAUGCGAUUCCAUGUCGUCUCUACAGAAUCUUUACAGCUUACUGCUGAUAGAGGAGCUAAACAACUUUACGCUGCCUGACUGGACAAAGACGGUUUACCCGGAACCGCUGCGAUCGAUUUCAGCGAUGACAUUUGCAGUAAAAACGAAUACUACACAGCUGGCCCGUCUAAAAAUGGGCCCACUUGUGAAGGAAAUGCUGCAUCGGUUCCGGUCGAAGGCAAAAGGAACACUGAAACCGAACCGGUCUGUCUGGAUGUACAGUGCGCACGAUGUUACGGUCGCCAAUUUGUUAAAUGCGUUGCGAAUUUUUGAACUGCACAAUCCGCCAUUCGCAGCGUGCAUUAUGCUUGAACUGCGACAACCCGCCAACGGCGAACAGGCGUACGUGGAAAUAUUUUACAAAAAUACCACAACCGAACCGUUCCAGCUGACCGUGCCUGGCUGUACCGCUCAAUGUCCACUGGAUAAGAUGUUUGAAAUUUAUGACAGCAUGAUGCCGAAAGACUGGGAAUCCGAGUGUCAACUGUCCCUGCUGUCGAUGAGCUACGUCGAGGCGGAUAUGAAUUCGGCCAGCAGUUUAAUCGGGAUUGUGCUACUAACUGCCAUUUCGAUGCUCGUUCUCCUGACCGUUAUAGCCAUUGCGAAACGUCGCAACAGUAUGAACAGCGAACGAUGGUACCUACGGAUUGAUGGGUGAGACGACGAAGUUGCAUUUACGACCCAAUUUUAUAAAGUCAUGUAAAAUGUUUCAUAAGGCUGAUUGAUACUGUCUGUUAGUUUGGUGGAGUGUGUACUUUGUGUUAAUGCACUGGUUAAUAUGAGAUUCGUUAGAGUUAAAUAUAAAAUUAUGGACGGAAGCAGAAUAUUUGUGCGAAAU